AUGGAAUCGGCAACAAGACAUCGUGCCGAUAUGAUUUCGUUCUUCACGUUCGACUCGUACAUCUCAAUUGUUGGUGUUGCUUAUACGGCUGUCGGUCUCUUGGGUGUUUUCUGCAAUGUUACAACUGUGGUCAUGAUCUUAACCAAUCGAGUAUUCCGUCUCUCCGCAUAUACCAUAAUGGCAAACGUGGCUUUGGCGGAUAGCAUUGUGAUGUUGAUCGCCGGUGUUGCUUGUGGAAUGGAUGUCAUGUGGCCAAAUCCAAACGAUCUUACUUCAUUUAUUCCGAGUUUGGAGGAACCAUUAAACACGGUUUCCCCAAUACCACUUCGAAACGACACGAAAAUGACAGGUGAUUCCUCAGAGACUGGGAAUAUUCAUGCUGUGCUCUCCUUCUCAUUUGUUGCUGCAUGGACAGCUGGAGUGAUCAGCUACGCGAUGCUCGGAAUGAACCGAUGUAUAGCCAUAUGCUACUACGGUACCAAAGCAAGAGCACUGAAUCAAGUAUCUGUGGCUAUCGCUUGUUCAGCCAGCACCUGGGUCAUUGGAGUUGGAGCUGCAUUAGUUGGAACUCUCUCCCAACCAAUGAUUGGUAUACAGAGAACCAUGUGGAGUAUUAGUUUUCUGGAGCCAAAACCACAUACAACUCUGUUUUUCACAAUUCUCUGCGCGGCGAACCUUUUCGGACUUGGAGCUCAAUGGGUUUGCUCCACGUUGGUGCUGCUCAAAAUCAGACAGGUUAAGAAGAAAAUCAGCAAAAACAAAUUGAAUCAAAAUUCGGCGAAUCGAUUCCGUAAACAGGCUCGCCUCACAUUUCAAUUCUUCUACCCAUCAAUUCUCUGCACUAUCUCAACGUUCCUGUUUUUCAUCAAGCCAUAUGCCUUUGAGUAUCUUUCCGGAUGGCAAUUGGUAAUCCUUCACUUGCUUUGGCUGUGCAACCACACUUGCAAUCCAUUCAUCUACGCCUAUUUCAAUGAUAGAAUGCGAAUGACCUACAAGGAGAUCUUGACUUGCGCUGCAAUCCGAUACCAGAUCAGGAAACGACGAUCGAGUCAUCCAUUCAGAAUGCACGGAAGACACAAUGUGUCAAAACGAUCCAACGCCGCUGGAAUGAAAUCCACACGGAUAUCAGCCCGAUCAGGACGCACCAACCGAGAUGGAAACUUUGUUCGAAACUCGUUACAAAUGCAGAGUCGCGACUUUGAGCAAUUGUGCGAGUUCAUCAUGCGUGUCAACCCCUUGUACGAUUCGAGUGAAGGAUGGCGGGAAAGCAGUGACGAUGAGCCAUUUCAACCUGAGUUCACCAAGGAGCUGGAAUCUGUCCAUAACGCCGGUGGAUCAUCCCGUUAUGACAACGACCGAGAGGCCAAGUCAAUCGUAUUGGAUCUGGGCCGUCAGACUGUUGAGCACUGGGUCAAAUUUGCCAAAAAGGCGAGCAUCUAA